UCCUGCCGUCGGGGUGGCUUUGCCCGAGCCGUCAGUCGUGGUGGUCGGCCAGGCGCUGCCACUGUAGGCGCCAUUGCGGUGAUUCCCAGCAUGGCCAGCCCCAGGCGUAGACAUCCGGAGACUGGCCUAGAGCCCAAGAGCAGUAUUUGGAAAGCAGCCCGCGGCGUUAGCUCAGUAUUUGCCUGGGAGGGAGCGGGUCCCCGUUUCAGGCUUUUCCCCACAAUCACGAGGGUUGGAAACUUAUUCUGCUUCCCUAAACAAAACUGAAGAUUGUCAGGUAAAUCAACCUGGCUCUGGGAGCUGGGGCUUUGAGAACAACAACAACAACAAAUGCUGCCAGAGUUGCAAGAAACCAGUGCGGAGCUGGGUCUAAAUGAUCACCACCAGAAUGAAGUGAUCAAUUACAUGCGCUUCGCUCGUUCCAAGCGUGGCCUCCGUCUCAAGACAGUGGAUUCUUGCUUUCAGGAUCUUAAGGACAGCAGGCUGGUGGAGGAGACUUUCACAGUAGAUGAGGUGACAGAAAUGCUGGAUGGGUUGCAGACUGUGGUACACAGUGAAGUGGAAUCAGAACUCAUUAAUACAGCAUACACCAAUGUGUUACUUCUACGCCAACUCUUUUCACAGGCUGAGAAGUGGUACCUUAAGCUACAGACUGAUAUCUCUGAGCUGGAAAAUCGAGAAUUGUUAGAGCAAGUUGCUGAAUUUGAAAAGGCAGAAUUUACAUCUUCAAACAAGAAGCCCAGUUCAGAGCUCAUUAAGCCUAAACUUGCUCCAUUAAAUGAAGGUGGGUCAGAGCUGCUAAACAAGGAAAUUACAAGACUUCAAGAAGAAAAUGAAAAACUGAAGACCAGACUCAAGACAAUAGAAACACAGGCUACAAGUGCAUUGGAUGAAAAAUCAAAACUAGAGAAAUCACUGAAGGAUUUACAGAUGAUUCAGGGAGAUCAAAAGACUAACGUAACUCAGGAUAUAAGUGAACUGGAAGAUACAGUGUCUGCUCUGAGGUGCCAGUUUGAGAAGACUCUGAAUGACAGUACUGCAAACCAAAAGUUCUUGGAAGAGAACUUGGUGAUGACAAAGCAUGACCUACUCAAGGUUCAGGACCAGUUAUCUACAGCUGAAAAGGAGUUGGAGAAGAAGUUCCAGCAAACAGCUGCCUUCCGCAACAUGAAAGAGAUUCUCACCAAGAAGAAUGAGCAGAUAAAGGAUCUACGGAGAAGACUUUCAAGAUACGAACCAGAUGAUUAAAAUGUGAAGAGCAUUUGGUCUGUCAAGAAGCUGCCACACAAAGAGAACAGAUUGUUGUGUUACUUUAAGGGAUUUGUUGAAAUACUUUGAGAGAUUUGUUUUGAAUGGUUUAUUUUCUGCUUCUGCCAACACUUAAAAAUAACCUUUUGUUGAUAGAAAACUGAAAUUCCUACUUUAUUUACUUAAGAACUGAAAGAUGAGAACAAAGUUUAUAGAGUGUCAUAGUUUCUGUACUUGUCUUUUUAAUAGUUAACCUUGUUCAUUCCCUGGGAAAUAGCAAACACCAAAUUAAGAGUUAUUUACAAAGAAAGGAGUUUAUUUUUGUUAAAAUAAAAUAUAUAUACUUCUUCUCUACAUAGCUUUGAGAUGCAAUUUACAUACCUAAGAUGUGACUCUUUUUUUUUUUUUUUUUUCUUUUCUUGCUGCGGGCAUAACUUUCACAUAAAAACACCCAUAAGCUAACUUCAUAAGGUUAAUCUUCCUACUGGAUGCCUGAUUUCCUCUGUGCAAGUUAUUUGCUGAAUAUAGGGUGUGCAUUAGAUAAAGGGGGACAAAUAUGCAAUAUUUGGGAAUCAAGGAAUGUGUAGUCAACUUAACGGUGACAUUACUAGAAAAAGAUGUACAUUGGACAUCUGUUGUUAUCAAACCGUGUAGUACAGAUUUAAAGGAAAACAAAUACUUGCUGACUUCUGCAAUAUAUCACAGAUCUAAAUUGCUCAAUAGGAAUACAAACCAAAAAGUAUAUUUUUCCCCCCACGGGCUCGCGUAAAGACUUUAACUUGAACACUAGAAUCUUGAUUCUUUCAAAGUAUUAAAAUUAAACCAGCAGGAUGGAGAGAGGCUGAGAAAGCUGGUAACAGAGCAACUUUCUGGUGGGAAAAUAACUUUUAGGAGGUUUUGGUUUUUUUUCCCCUACUUUCUUUUGCACCCUCAGCUACCCAGUUCUUGCACUCAAACUGUUCUGUAUUUAUCUGCCAACCUAUUUUAAUACAUUUUACUUGUUUGUGUCUCUGGUCAUGUAUAUAUGUUGCAUACAACUCUAAAUAAAACCAUUUAUGUUUUCCAACAUCAAA